AUGGCGUCCCGCAAACGAGGCCGCAAGGCGCAGCAGCAGCAGCAGCAGCAGCAGAAGCUCACCUUUGAGCCCGUCGCCGCAUCUUCAGGGCGAAAGAAGAAGUCUGCCAGACAGCAGACUUUGGAGGCAUCGAUGGAGAACAGUACGAGCAAGAAAUUGUUUGGACAGCAGAAAGCCAUGGAAGAUCACGAUGAGCCAGUACCCAGUCCCACCAGUAAAACCGAUUCAGGAGGCCGACAAGCUGCUCGCAAUAGACCUUCGUCUCAUUUCAUGCUGAAAUCUACAAAUGGAAGUCGUCAUGUUGUGCUCGUGAGCAGUGACUCAGAGACCCCAGUUGAGGAAGAUGGAGGCGUUAGUGACAGCGACGGCGAAGGCCCGCUGAGGCCAGAGACUCCUCGACAAGCUCGAGCAAGCCAGGUGGUGGUGAUCUCCAAAGACAGUGACGAGGACGAGUCUAGUGCAAGCGACGACGAGUGCGGCGAGGAGCCGGAGGCGAACGUCCGGUCGUCUCAGUCUCUGCCAAACCAAGCCGCGGUUGAGGACGAUCCUGACGAUGACCAGCCACUAGCCACACCGCGGUCAAGUAUGCCUAGCCGGAGAGGUCGGCAGGUCAUCGAUAUCGAGGAUGAAGACGAGGAUGAAGACGAGGAUGAGGAGAUCCAAACACCGGCCAAGAGACGGAGGCUUGCCAAGAAUAGAGCUGCAGCUUCAUCUUCUAAGCAGCGAGUGUCCACGUCGCCUACUUCAACAGCCAGGGGCACGAGGUCGAGGGCGCGCAGGAGUCAUCGCACUGAGAAGGACAAGAAGCUGGAGCUCCUUCGACGCCGAAGAGCAGGCGAAAAAGAUCUCAAGAUGGAUGACCUCACCCCCAGCGAGGACGACGAUGAGGAGGGCGCCCUCUACGACACCGAUUCUGAUCAUCAGGUUCUCGAGGUGUUCGAUGAUGAGUCUGAGCCGGAGGUGGAGGCAGCCGCCAAUAAGCAUUCCAAGAAGGCAAAGAAGCGGCAGAAAGCUACAAAGUCGGUUCCUCUCGACGAAGACGCUAACAGCGAUGAUGAGGAUUUCAUCGAUGAUGAUGACGACACGCUGGGUGUUCCCGACGAGGCGCUGCACCUGAUCCCUCUGGAGUUCACCCGCGCGUCUCGAAAACCUCUAAAGGCACACUUCAGGGAUGCCGUCGAGUGGCUGGUACACCGCAAGAUCAACCCUGCCUUUGACAGGGACAAUGAGGUAUACGCAACGGCAUGGCGACGUCUCAGUGACGAAGUCACGGGUCUAGCCAACUCAAAAUUCGUCUCAAGUGUAUGGAGGCCUGAUUUCUACAAGGCGUUGAGGGCUCGCCCGUACAUUGUGCAGACAAAGGUCGACGCCGGCCCCCUCGGCAUUGAGUACGAAAACUGUCAGGCGUGUGGCCGGUCGGGUCAUCCUGCUACAUGGAGUAUCAGUUUUCAGGGGAAGGCCUAUGAUAUCAGGACAUUGGACGAGGUUGAGAGUGAUUCCGAUGACGAGGAUGAUGACGUUGAUCGCGAUGCCGAUGGAAACCCCAUUCCACCUGAAGAAGAAGAGUUCCUCGUCGGCACGACCUGCAACGCCAACGCCGAGACAGCCCACGGUCUCAUCCACUGGAAGUCCGCGCUACGCGACUGGGUUGAGAUGCGCCUGGACACCGAGGGCUGGCUGGAGGAGGAGAGGAUUCUGGAACGAGACAGAAUGAAGGCGAAGAAGCGUCAAAAGUUGGCCGAUGAGCUCGUUGAUGGUUGGGACGAGAACGACAUCAUCAAGAACCUUUUUAUGGAUUUUAAGACGACCAUCGAGACGGCUCGGACCAAGGACACCACCAAGGUUGCUCGGAGGAGGUAUUAG